GCGCAUACUUGGGCCUGUUUCAUCAAACGGAUAUCAUGAGAACCGCAUCCACAUCAGUUUCUACGAGCGCACCGUUUCGUCAUGCUCUGAUCCCCGUUGAUCUGGCAGCACUGAGAACUUGGGGAUUGGUUUCAAAGUUUCUGUUCAUCUCGUAGAGAGCGAUUCGCUGUACCUAGCUCUGCUAACGUUUCGCGCGCUCGCGAGUCGCUGAAUCGAGUUCAGUGUUUCUGCUCAUGAUCAUAGCGCGAUGGCUGCCCCCCGGAAUCAAGGCCACCGACUAUCCACAACCGCCUUGGCAUGUAUUAUUGUUACGAUCGCCCUCUCUAUGCUUGUCCAUGUUGCCACGAUAGCCUCGUACGUGCGUUUGCGGACACAUCGGAACUCGCAUCCAGGAGACGUCCUCGAGUUCCCAAUACACGUCCGCCCCGCCGCCCUCACCACCACUAAAUCUUCCCGCCUAGGCCUCUAUGGUCCCGACUCCGAUUGGGACUCACUCCUCCCUUCCGGCGACGGCUUCAUCUACCAACCCGCCGACGGGCAGCACUAUCUCCUCUCGCACUAUCACCAGCUCCACUGCCUCCGCGCACUGCGCACGUACUUCCUCGCACGCGCCAACCUCACCGAACGCGCCGUGGUGCACGUCGACCACUGCCUCAUAUAUCUGCGCCAACUGGCGCUGUGCAGCGCCGACGUCACGCUCGAGCCUGCGGUGCACAUGCAGCUCACGACGGACGGACGGGUCGCGAGUACGGUGACGGGCGUGGGCGUGACGCAUCGCUGUCAUGACUGGGCACAGGUCCGGGAGUAUGUGGAGGAGAAUUAUGCGGAGUGGAAGGAUACAUAUGGGCCUGCCAUCACCGGAGAGGACUCGAACAUCACCAGCACAUAACGGUUGGACUCGUGCUCUCUGAGCCUCUUUUAAAUUGUGCAUCAUGUACGAAUAAUUUGCGGUAUAACGGGCUAUCGCAACGACGGUGGCGAUAUUUACAAUCUGAUUAUUGAAGAUACAGUCACAUAGAGCAAGUUCGACACUUUAACAAUUUCU